UAAAGAGAAAUGUCAAAAGCAAAACGAAUAAAAUUGUGUACGUGUAUUUGCUAGCUACUGGCAGCCGAAUGUGAAAAACUUUGUUUUUCUUUUAAAACAUUUCCUUUUAUUUUGUUAAAACAUAUAUUUUUUAUUUAAUUUUAAUAAGUAAUUAUACACAAGGCCCGAAGCCAGUAAUGAGCAGAAACAUGAGUAAAAUGUCAGUACAUAAUGAAACAGAUGACAGUAGCAGUCUUUACAGUGGUGUUUUGGAGAAUCUUCCUUCGUACACUUCGUAUUCUUCGUUUAAUGAGAGUGCCAACAAUAAUAGAACCAACAAUUCAAGCAUCAACAAUUCCACCGAUUUAGAUAUAGCGCUAAGUAAUAGCGAUACUCCAUUUUCAAAGAGCAUUGAUGCAAAAAACGCUAGCUAUAAGCUCAUUCAAUCCGAAUCAACCGAUAAUUCGGAAGAGGUUGAUCCAAAAUCCCAACUCGCAAACAAGACAAUAUUUAAAACGGAUAAUCCAAAUUUGUCAAUUAUAGAGAUUAGUGAUAGUUCCACUCUAGAAAAUGAGAACUCCGUUUAUGUAGUUGAAUCAUCAUCAGACGAAGGCGAAGGUGGUGGUGGUGGUGGUGGUGGUGGCGGCGGCGUUGGCGGUGGUGGUGGUUCGAAUAAUGAUAUCUCAAGUGAAAAACGUCGCAAAAAGGUCGAAUCACUUUUACAUUCCAGCAAGCAGAGAUUGAAUAUCUCCCCAGAGCCAUCGUCAACAACUGCCGCUACAUCACCAUUAUCACCAAUUUCUCCAGCUAAUCCACAAUCAUCCGCAUCACCAUCCAAGACACUCGAAAAUGGCAAUAAUCCACCUAAAAAUAGGGUCGAUGCGAAGAAAAGGGAAUCCAUACAUGUUUUCGAUGAUAUUGACGAAUUCGAAAAGCAUCUACCUCAUACAGUAACGGUGCUUACAACUCCAUUUGGAAGUAAAGUCUAUCUUGUGGGUACAGCUCAUUUUAGUGAAGAAUCACAAGAUGAUGUUUCAUAUGUUAUUCGUAAUGUUCGUCCAGAUGUUGUUAUGGUCGAAUUGUGUCCAUCACGUAUACACAUUUUGAAACUCGAUGAAAAAACACUCCUAGAGGAAGCAAAGAACUUUAACAUUGCUAAGAUCCGUAGUAUAUUUCAAACAAACGGCUAUAUCAAUGGAAUUUUCUUUAUUCUCCUCCUCCAUAUGAGCGCACAAUUAGCCAAAGAACUCGGCAUGGCGCCUGGUGGUGAGUUUCGUCGUGCGUUCGAAGAGAUUCACAAAAUUCCCGGAUGCGUACUGCAUUUAGGUGACCGUCCAAUUAGAAUCACACUGCAGCGAGCCCUGCGGGCGUUAUCAUUUCGCCAGACAUUGAAGCUCGUAUGGCGACUAACUUCAUCCGAGACCAUCAGCAUUGAGGAGGUCGAAGAGUGCAAACAGCGCGAUCUCCUUGAGAAACUAAUGCAAGAAAUGGCUGGCGAAUUUCCUGCUUUCAGUGAUGUCUUCGUCAAAGAGCGUGAUCUGUUUUUGUGUCACUCGCUGCAAGUUGCCGCUCUGCCGAUACCCCAGGCCGAUGGCACAUCGAGACCAGUAAGUGUGGUGGGUGUUGUUGGAAUUGGCCACGCCAAUGGAAUUGCAGAGAACUGGGGCAAAGUGAAUCCCAGCCAAAUACAACCCAUAUUGGAGAUUCCUCCUGCCAGUUUAGGAACCAGAGUUGCCAAGUACACAAUCAAAUACGGCCUUAUAAGCCUGACUCUGUAUGGUGCAUUUAAAUUCCUCAGACCAAGAGUGCAGAGAUUAUUCUGAUGGAUUUGACAAGAGCAAGAACGUAUUAGUUGUAGUUGAUGCAUUAGUAAAGCUUAAGUUAAAUAUAUACAUUAUUCUGUACUAAAUGUAAAUAAGAUGAUACAAAACAUAUAAAUGAUGCCCAAAAGCAUACUAUGAAAAAUAAGCGGGCUAUAUAUCAAUAAUAUUGAAAGAGGGAGAGCAAAGUUGUGAAGGCAUUCCAAGAAAACCACAGGCAGCAAAGCGAACAAAAAGAACAAAAUACAAAUACACAUUUCAUUAGGAAAAAGGAAAAGAUUUUGGUUAAGUCGUGUGUUAAAAUCAAAUUUCAACGAAGGACCUAACUUUUCAAAAUUAUCAUCACAAUAUCUUGAGUGUAAAUAAAUUAUAAAUUAUAUAUUUCGAUGAAUGUCUUUGAAAAACAAAAAAAAAAAACUGUUAUAAAAUUUUAAAAACAAAUAUAUAUACAUAAUAAUUGUAAUUAAAAUA